GUUCUUUGAUUAGGGCAUUGGAUGCAAAUGUAAAAUACUCUCUCCUUUUCUUCUAUCAGCUGUUCAGAGGAGACUCAUUACAACUCCUGCUGAAGCUCCUAGUCUUCUUCCCUUCUCUUCUGCCCCUACCCCCUACCCUCACUGGCCGGAAGACAUUGUACCCAGAGUUUGCCUUACCUCCCCAGUGUGCUAUGUGUAUGGUAAACCUGGUACUAUGGCCUCGUCUGGGACUGGCCAGAUAACUGCUGCUGGCUCUCCCUAUUCCAAGGAUUUAAAGGGGAAUUGCACUGCAGGCAAUGCACCAGAGCAGCAGCAUCGGGAGCUUGGGGACUAAGGCUCCUCUGACAUUAUUACAAACACACAGAGCUGACCGCAAUGACAGCAGCUGCUCCUUUGAACUGUUGGCAGCAGUCAAGCGGCAGCAUGAAGUGAGAGAUCACUCCUGAGCUCAAGAUGAACUCCACCUUGGAUGGUAAUCAGAGCAGCAGCCCUUUCUGCCUCUUGGCAUUUGGCUAUUUGGAAACUGUCGAUUUUUGCAUUUUGGAAGUGUCGAUUAUCGUCUUUCUAACUGUAUUGAUUAUUUCUGGCAACAUCAUUGUGAUUUUUGUAUUUCACUGUGCACCUUUGUUGAACCACCACACUACAAGUUAUUUUAUUCAGACUAUGGCAUACGCUGACCUCUUGGUUGGGGUAAGCUGCCUGGUCCCUUCAUUAUCUCUCCUCCACUACCCCCUUCCGGUAAAGGAGUCCUUGACUUGCCAGGUAUUUGGUUUUGUAGUAUCGGUUCUGAAGAGUGUCUCCAUGGCCUCUCUGGCCUGUAUCAGCAUCGAUAGAUAUAUUGCCAUCACUAAACCUUUAACCUAUAAUACCCUGGUUACGCCCUGGAGACUACGCCUAUGUAUUUUCCUGAUUUGGCUGUACUCCACUCUGGUCUUCCUGCCUUCCUUUUUCCACUGGGGCAAACCUGGAUAUCAUGGAGAUGUGUUUCAGUGGUGUGCGGAGUCCUGGCACACCGACCCCUACUUCACCCUGUUCAUCGUGAUGAUGUUAUAUGCCCCAGCAGCCCUCAUUGUGUGCUUCACCUAUUUCAACAUCUUCCGAAUCUGCCAACAGCACACAAAGGAAAUCAGCGAAAGGCAAGCCCGCUUCAGCAGCCAGAAUGGGGAGACUGGGGAGGUGCAGGCCUGUCCCGAUAAGCGCUAUGCCAUGGUCCUGUUCCGAAUUACUAGUGUAUUUUACAUCCUCUGGUUGCCAUACAUCAUCUACUUCUUGUUGGAGAGCUCCACUGGCCACAGCAACCGCUUCGCAUCCUUCUUGACCACCUGGCUUGCUAUUAGUAACAGUUUCUGCAACUGUGUCAUUUAUAGUCUCUCCAACAGCGUCUUCCAAAGGGGACUAAAGCGCCUCUCAGGGGCCAUGUGUACCUCUUGUGCAAGUCAGACCAUAGCUAAGGACCCUUACACGGAUAGGAACAAAGGCCCCCUUAAUGGAUGCCAUGUCUGAAGUGGUUCAGAUAUUGGGUCACUGUGUGUGUGUGUGUGUGUGUGUUUUUCCUUUUUAUCUCUUUGUAUUUCGAGUUCAGUAGGAAAUCGGGGACAAAAUAAUUUGACUCUAAGCAAUAGCAAACAAAUGGUCCAUCCAAAAUACCUUCUAAGUUUGCAGAAAUGAUUUUCUAAAAAAGUGCUUUUCAAUCAGAAGAAUCAGGACUGUGAAGAUAAAUUGCUCUUGGUAUCAAUUUUUGUAAUGUGGGAAAUGACUAUAGUUCUCAGAUUUAAAAUGAAUAAAGCCAUGUCUAACACCUCUUUCCAGCUGGCAUGACUGAACCUGAAUGUGGAAAGCGUCAGCAUUUUUAGAAGUCAUCGUUUUCUUGUUGCUUUUCUGGGUUCUUUCCGGCUGCUUGGGCUUCACAUGCAAUUGAUUUCUUUUAACGGAAUAUUAAAAUACAGUGAUGAAUUAACAGGGUUUUUUAAUUUAUGUAUGCCAAAGUAUAACUACACUGCAAAUUUCAACACUGUCAUUUAAAAAGCCACGUUUUGUCUUAUUCUCUUGAGAAAAUUCUCAAUACAGUGAAUAAUGUGAACACUUAAACAUUAAUUUUAGAAUCUUGCGAUGAACUGUGCAGCAAAACUGUAGUAAAUCAUACAGUUUAUGAAAAACUGGGCUACUUUUUGUGCUAUGCUUCAUGGAGAUCUAAAGAAAUAUGUGCAUAGAAAGUGAUUGUGUUGCAGUAUUUUUGCCGUGCCUUUGUGUGUGUGUUGAGAAUAUUUGAAUUUAGUUAGAUUUCUCUUUGAUAGCAAAAUAUGUUUUAAUAAGCUGAAAGAUAAUUAAAUGAUAGGCUGAUGGAUGCCGUUUUUAUGGUGAAAAUAUAUAAAAAUAUAUCUUGAGUCUUCUCUAUUCAUUUUAUCCAGAGACUUCUGAAAUAUGAGAAUAUCAGGGAGAAAGUUGUCCUAAGCAACUGAGUCAUAAAAUAUACUGUACAUUUAACUAUCUUGUUUUUAAAAUAGAAGGGGAUUGAGAUUAAAUUUGUGGUUAAAUGGAAUCAACUAAUACAGUAGCAACUAAUUCUUUUGAAAGCAUUCUUUUAGUUAGUGUUAAGGAACCCACAUUUGAACGAGAAAAGGAGAAAUUCUGAUUAAUCUAAGUCUCUCUUAUUGCUAUUCUCUUUCUGGAAAAAAAUCCUUUGAGAUACGGUUCUUUCCUUAAUAGUCUUUUUUUUUUAAGCCAAAGUACUAGCAAAAUCUGUAGGAUUUUAUUAUUCUGUAGAAUUAUUAAUUGAGAGUACUGUGUAUUUGUAUGCAGUAGUGAUGUUUUGUUCUUAAAAGUGAUUAUCUAGAGAUGUUUUGUUCUUAAAAGUGGUUAUCUUUAGAGCAAGAAGUUUAUUUUUCUAAAAAGAGAGAAGGAUUUCCCAGCAGCUCCAGGCAUGAGAGUAUUUCCUCUACUUUUCUACUGGUUUUAAUGUUUUGGAAGUCUUUAGGGGACUUAUGUGAUCUCUGCCUUUGGCUAGAUGUUGUUAUCUGGGUGUGACAGUAGUGUUCAGUGACAUGGAAGAUGGAAGAAACCCAAGGGACAUGGGUAAAAGUGGGUAUUUGAAUCCAAGAAAGGACAUGGAUAUUUAUAAAACAGGCAGAUAUGCUUUGGUUUUUUGUCAUGAUAUUAGAAAACCUCCUACCACUUUAUAAAAUAAAGGGCAGCAUUCUUAUGAUUUUAGGUUUUAGAUAUCGAUUUGAU